AUGAGAAUCGGGUGCCUGCAGUUUGCGCCCCAAGUCGGCGAUGUCGACAAUAACCUAAAUCGCGCGGAUGCAGUUCUUUCGAAAGCAAACCCCGAAGAUUUAGAUAUCCUUGUUUUGCCUGAGAUGGCAUUUUCUGGAUACAAUUUCAAGUCGCUGCAGGAUAUUUCGCCAUUUCUUGAGCCUUCGGGCUCAGGAAUCACCUCACUAUGGGCCCGCACGAUGGCCUUGAAGUAUAACUGCACUGUUCUUGCAGGAUACCCAGAGAAGGUUGACGUCUCACCCAACUGGCCUACAGGCCCUGAGUAUUAUAACUCGGCCAUUGUUGUUAACGGAGAUGGCGAAACGAUUGCCAAUUACCGCAAGGCUUUUCUAUAUUACACGGAUGAAUCGUGGGCGUUGGAGGGGAGUCGUGGAUUCUACGAUGGGUACAUUCCAGGGCUUGGGAAUACAGCUAUUGGAUUUGGUAUGGACAUGAACCCUUACAAAUUCGAAGCUCCAUGGCAUGCAUUCGAGUUCGCCUUCCAUAUUCUUGAAGUAGAGUCUAAUUUGGUCAUUGUCACCAUGUCGUGGAUGACCAGAGAGGAUCGCAGGCACUUCAGUCGGAUGCCCAACGAACCCGACAUGGAUACGCUCACAUAUUGGAUCACGCGACUGGAGCCCCUCAUUCGAUCUAAUAACGAAGACGAGAUUAUCGUCGUAUUCUGUAAUCGCACUGGUACAGAAGACGAAAUUACAUAUGCGGGCACCAGUGCCGUCAUUGGCAUUCAGGAGGGAGAAGUCAAAGUAUACGGCUUGCUGGGGCGAGGCGAAAAAGAUCUCUUGGUCAUAGACACCAACAAUCGUCCAUACGCAAAACUCCUUUAUCGGCCAGAAGACAUGGUUGGGGGCUUGAGCAAACAUCCUGUCAAGCUUGAGCAGCAGCAGGGUAUAUCCAACGCCGAUACCAGAGCUAUGUUUGCUUCUGAGAAGCCAUAUGCCCAACAAGAGAAAUCAGUUAAGAUUCCUUCUUCCCUAGAUCGGAAUAAUACUGUGCCAGCUGCGCCUUCUCUCAAAGUAACGCCUCUGGCUGUUCGCCCACGACUUGUUAUUCCACAAUCGCCACCUAUACUACCGAACCAGCAAUAUUCCGAAGAAGAUGAUGUCUUAAGUGCCAUUUCGAUGAAGUCCGCAAAGUCGAUGCAAUCAGUCAAAUCGAACGAAUCAGAAGCUUCGGUUCAAACAAUUCGUUCGAACCCCCGACCGCCGGAAGAUAGUACGCCUUAUCCAAAUAGCGGUCUACCAUUGAGUGGCUAUCCAACAAACGGCUUCCGAAACGAGUAUGAGAAGCGCAUCUAUGGUGGUCAAGUUGUUAUUACUCACGAUUCCGACACCGUUUCUCCGACAACGCCUUUUGAGGGUGUGUCCCCAAUAACACCCCUUAGAGCUUGGCGACCUCAUGAUGGAAUUUUUCGGACUCCAAUUGCUGGUCCCGGUGGAUGGACGCCGAGCACACCCAUUGGAAAAAAGCCAGAGCCGUUUCCGUGGUCAGAAAUAAAAAACAUAAACCCCGAGUCGAAUAAAGACGCAAGCAAGGACGAGGGUGUCAACAACAACAAAGUGAUGGGCAUCUCAGACACCGGGUCCAACGAUGCACAGUCUCCGAGAUCAAAUACAUCUUCUAAGACUAGCAAAUCGAAAUUGUCAGAUGCAAAGACACCACAGAAUAAUAAUCAGAGCGAGAAGCAACUUUCAAGACCAUCCUCUCCAAAAUCACGGAAUGCAAGCCGCUCUGGUGUUAGAGGUAGAACUGAUUCUUCGCUGAGCCAACGCGAUAUUUCAUUGGAUGUAUCGCAGCAUAUCGAACAAAUAUCGCAACGAGCAGAGUCUAGGAACAGAUAUAAGAAUAAUGGACGAUCACAUCAGCAGCAACAGCAGCAACAGAGUGGGUCAAUUGUUGACCGCCUUUCAUCCCCAAAUAUUGGGAGUGAUGAAUGGAGUAGUAGUGGAGCGGAUUCUGCAAUGGAUCACCUACUCAUACCCAUUGCUGCAAGCCCCAGUAUCUUGGGGCCUGGGGCUCGAGCAAACAUUCCGACACCUGUGGCAAUUGACUAUUACCGCCGACCUACUGCGCAAAGAUCCCCUCAGAACGUACGAUUACAACAGCGACCUGAUCAUGGGAGUCCCAGAUCAGAUGCUAUGAAUAAUGGUAUCGAUCUCCAAUACGUAUCUAUUAGUGGAACACCGCAAACAUCAGCUCACUCUCCGGACACACAAGAUACUUCUACUCGUUCUAUCAGUAGGGGACGCCAGCCUAAGCGCAGAGACACUUCUACCAAUGCCGCGACAGAAGAUAUAACAACUGAGAGGGCCACCUCUGCUGACUCGAUCAUAAACGGCAUACUGCACACGCGAGUUGCGAAGCGCCACUCCAGCCAAAAGAAAGAUGCACGGAAUCCGUCCCAGUCUAACGAAGGGUCGUCUCACGCUGAACAUGUACAUUCCCAUAGCGUUCCAAAUGAGUCGGAAUUUGAGAGGGUUGAAGUUAUCAGCUGUCCUAGUUGCCCCAUCCAUGGCCGGCAUUCUGCUUCAUCCCAUGACGCUUCUAAACGGACCUCUGAUUCGACUGGCCAAAGACGGCGUGCUAGCGAAGUUGCAUCCGAAGAGAAAGCUGGAUCAGAUUGUAAUAUUCGUUCAGAGAAGAAGGACGCGGAGAAGGCCGAAGGAAAUAUGGUUGAAGCAAAUGCAAGGUCGAUGGAUCAGGAGACUGCCGCAAGUAUCAGUAACCAAUAUGCCAGCACAAAUGAGCAGUUGAACAACAACAAGUCUGUGCUGUUGGGAAGCACGGCUCAGAUGGAGCUUUCUUCCGAGAGCCAGCCCCUACGUAUCCGAUCGACAUACAAUCCCUCCACGCCCAGGGCGAUGAUAUUUAAUCCCGAUGAUACCCACAUAAACGCAACAUUAGUUGAAAAUAAGAUGGGAAAUGAACGAGAGCAGCAAUUGCCGAGUUGGUUUACUGUUGAAGGGAAAAUGGGAGAUGAAACUUUUGAUUCUUGA